GGCCUUCUCCGCAGCAGCUGCCCAGGAACUCUGGCUGUGCCACCCCCCCCUUGGGUACCACGGGCACCCUGGGAGCAUGGCCGACGAAGACCUCAUCUUCCGCCUGGAAGGCGUUGGCGGCAGCCAGACCUCCAGGGCCGGCCAUGACGGGGACUCUGACACAGACAGCGACGACGACGAAGAGUACUUCAUCUGCCCCAUCACCGACGACCCCCGGGCACACCAGCAUGGCAGCUGCCAGGUUGGUGACUACUGCAGCGACCUAAGGAAAAGCGAGCAGCACGGCUUCGGCGCCUCCCCGGGGAGCUCCUUCAAUAUCAAGGAAGCUUGGAAGCAUGCCGUCGAGAAGGCCAAGCACAUGCCCGACCCCUGGGCUGAGUUCCACCUGGAGGACAUCGCCACCGAGUAUGCCACGCGCCACAGGUACAACGCUGUCACCGGGGAGUGGCUGGAGGACGAGGUUCUGAUCAAGAUGGCCUCUCAGCCCUUCGGCCGCGGAGCGAUGAGGGAGUGCUUCCGGACGAAGAAGCUGUCCAACUUCCUGCACACCCAGCAGUGGAAGGGCGCCUCCAACUACGUGGCAAAGCGCUACAUUGAGCCGGUGGACAGGAACGUGUACUUUGAGGACGUGCGUCUACAGAUGGAGGCCAAGCUCUGGGGAGAGGAGUACAAUCGGCACAAGCCCCCCAAGCAGGUGGACAUCGUGCAGAUGUGUGUGGUGGAGCUGAAGGACAGGCCGGGCUCGCCCCUCUUCCACCUGGAGCACUACAUCGAGGGCAAGUACACCAAGUACAACUCCAACUCGGGCUUCGUCCGUGAUGACGCGCGCCUGACGCCGCAGGCCUUCAGCCACUUCACCUUUGAGCGUUCCGGCCACCAGCUGAUCGUGGUGGACAUCCAGGGUGUGGGCGACCUCUACACCGACCCACAGAUCCACACCGAGAAGGGCACUGACUUUGGAGAUGGCAACCUAGGUGUCCGGGGCAUGGCGCUCUUCUUCUACUCCCACGCCUGCAACCGCAUUUGCAAGAGUAUGGGCCUCACUCCCUUCGACCUGUCACCGAGAGAGCAGGACGCAGUGAAUCAGAACACCAAGCUGCUGCAAUCAGCCAAGACCAUCUUGAGGGGGACAGAGGAAAAGUGUGGGAGCCCCCUAGUGAGGACCCUCUCUGGGAGCCGGCCACCCCUGCUCCUCCGCCUGUCAGAGAACUCUGGAGACGAGAACAUGAGCGACGUGACCUUCGACUCUCUCUCUUCCUCCCCAUCUUCAGCCACGCCACACAGCCAGAAACUGGACCACCUCCAUUGGCCAGUGUUCAGCGACCUGGACAACAUGGCUCCCCAAGAUCACGACCAUCCCGACAACCACCGGGACUCUGAGAACAGUGGGGACAGCGGAUACCCCAGUGAGAAGCGGGGUGAGCUGGAUGACCCAGAGCCCCGAGAACAGGGCCACUCGAACGGUAGCCAGCGGGACCGGGACGAGUCGGACGAAGACAGCCUGGGCAGCUGCGGACGGGUCUGUGUGGAGAAGUGGAACCUCCUUAACCCCGCCCGCCUCCACCUGCACAGGCCUUCCACCGUGGCCCUGGAAGUGCGCAGGCUUAAUGCUCUGGACCUUGGCAAGAGAAUCGGGAAGUCCGUUCUGGGGAAGGUCCAUCUGGCCAUGGUGCGAUACCACGAGGGCGGGCGCUUCUGUGAGAAGGACGAGGACUGGGACCGUGAGUCGGCCAUCUUCCACUUGGAGCACGCAGCCGACCUGGGCGAGCUGGAGGCCAUCGUGGGCCUGGGACUCCUGUACUCGCAGCUGCCCCACCACAUCCUGACCGACGUCGCUCUGAAGGAGACGGAAGAAAAUAAAACCAAAGGAUUUGAUUACUUACUGAAGGCGGCUGGCGCUGGUGACAGACAGUCCAUGAUCUUGGUGGCACGAGCUUUUGACACUGGCCAGAACCUCAGCCCAGACAGGUCCCGAGACUGGCCAGAGGCUCUGCACUGGUACAGCACUGCCCUGGAGAAAACGGACUGUGACGAGGGCGGCGAGUAUGACGGGAUGCAAGACGAGCCCCGGUACACGCUGCUGGCCAGGGAGGCCGAGAUGCUGUCUGUGGGCGGCUUCCGGCUGCAGAAGGACCCGCAGAGGUCAGGCGACUUGUACACGCAGGCGGCCGAGGCAGCGAUGGAAGCCCUGAAGGGCCGGCUGGCCAACCAGUACUACCAGAAGGCGGAGGAGGCCUGGGCCCAGAUGGAGGAGUAACGAGCCAGGAAGAUCACCUGGGCCAGUCCCCACACAAGGGCUAGAGGGGAAAAGACCCACCGACUCAUCUAGGGGCUAUUUGGGGGGAUUUUUAGUGUGUUUACAUCAACUUUUGUACAUCAUUCUGUGACUCAUAAAAACGUCCUUUGCUAUCAGCAAAGACACAUAGCUGUCCCCCAGGGUGGUGUUUUGGGGCGUGGGGAUUGAAAAAGCAGCCUAAUGAGCCGGCAUGUGGAUUUGAGGUUCUUUUGUCACAAGAUGCAAGAAAGUGCUUUUGGAAAACCUUAGGACUUUGCUCCCCAGCAUUUUCAGGCUGGACUGCAGUCUCAGCCCACAGGGCCUGUGUCCUGAGUCGGAUGAGGAUGUGUUGCUGCCCGUGGACGCUCCGUGAGCUCUCCGCGGGGCGUACGGUCCCAACGUAGUGCACAGCCUCUCCUCAGCACUUGGAAGCACGCACGGCGUUGCUCCGUGCAAGUGAGAUGGCACAGCGCCCGGGCCCUCUUCUGCCGUGGGAGGGGGAGGGCCCGCACAUGGACUGUUUUCUUACCUUUUAGUUUAAUUUCCUUCCUGAAAUGCAACUGAUUUUCUGGAAUACAGCCGAAUUCCAUUUUGAAGCAUGGUUUCUACAGGGGGCUCUCCAAACAGGUUUGGUUUGUACACACGCUUUCCUGCCUCUGAGUGCUCCGUCAGCGCGUGUGGGAGUGGGUGCGCCUAAGGCUCCCACAGGGAAGGACCGUGGCCGGCGUGGCCAAGCCCUCCCUCCAAGCAGCAUGUACUCUGCAUCUUGGGCAGCAUCCACAGUGGCUCCAGCCGCCCUGGCACAGGACCCCCUCGUGUUCUCUCGGCAGCUGAUGUCCAGCCCUGUCCUUGGCAUCUUCUGCUUGAAGCCUGCUUUCCAGUCACUCACAGCAGGUGCUUGCAGCAGCAGCACUUCAGGUUUAUCUGCCACGUUGGAGAACGAGGCGGCAAGAACUAACUAUAAACACUCCUUGACCAGUUUCCACACGGCCAGGCACUGGCUAAUUGUACAUAAGGAGCUUUUUCUUCAGAAAGAUUUCAGCCUGACCCGUAGUUCACUCCCCCAGCCUGAGAGUGGGAAGCUGCUGGACGAGCAGCGUUGACAUGGGAAAGCCUGCAGAGGAUGGUUAAGGCUGUGCCACUUGGCAUGAGCACUUGCCAUUGUUUUUGAGGGUUAUUGGGAAGCAGAAAAAAAAGAAAGAUUUCAGCCCUAGCUGGUUUGGCUCAGUGGAUAGAGCAUCAGCCCUCAGAUUGGCCUUGCUGUGGAGCUGUGAACCUGUGCAGCUGGUUUCAAAAGCCAGAGUGUGCCCGGAAGGAAAAGCCCAGCAGAGCCAAGACCACUGGGGCAGUCCUUUGGCGGACCUCUAAGUGGCUGUCCCUCUUUGCAUGUGGGCUUGUCACGGCCAGUUCCCUUUAGAAGCUGGGGCUGAUUGCUCUUUUUCCACUUGCAGCAGAUCGAGUAGUAGUUUUUUGUUUUAAACCAGUUGCAUGCAGUUAAAUUGCAUAUAUUAAAUGUAAGUCCCAAGCAGUUUUACUGUGACUUAUCUCUUCAGGGUGAUCAAGCCUCAUAUAUCCAUGUCCUUUGUUGUCCUUAAUUCAGCCAGUCCCCCCCCACCCUCUCUUCAUUUGCAAAUCAUUUGUUCCCUGAUCACCUCUCUCAGUUCUUAGUUAUGCAUUAGUGCUUUCCUUUAACACUGGGAUCCACAAACUUUUUUGUAAAGGGUCAGAUAGUAAAUAUUUUAGGCCAUAUGCUCUGCAGGGGCUCAGCCCUGCUAUGGUAGAGCAGAAGCAGCCAUAGACAAUUCUUAAAUGAAUGGGCAUGGCUGGUGUUCCAAUAAAACUUUAUUUUGAAAGCAGGUGGCUCACCUGGGCUGUAGUUUUCCAAACCUCUGCUCUAACCCUUGAUUGAGACCUACUGUGUUAGGCUCUGGGCAUGAGCUCUCACAGUUUUCUGACCUUGGCACAGAGUAGGCACUCAGUAAUUGUGAACAAAUGGAGAACCGGUCACUGCACUCACUCUUCGCAGUUAAUGAUGCAGUGUUUGGAUCGGCUUGAACCACCACCCCUGCAUCUGCACCCACCCGCCCACAUGGCCUUAAUGUCGAAGGUGGUGCCCUCUCCUCCCGGAGGUCGCGAUGGCCUGGAUGUAGAGUUAAGCAAAUGCUUCUCUAAGGACCAUUGAGAGUGAAAUGAUCAGUAGGAUGUUGAGAUCCUCCUGAGUCAGAAGAAGACUUUACUUCAUCUUCAAAACCUAGUUUUGUGCUCUUCACCAUCUUUCCUGCGCUCCGGCGGCCGCAGCCAUGAAGGUCGAGCUCUGCGGUUUCAGUUACAAGAUCUACCCUGGACACUCGCGGUGCUACGCCAGUACCGACGGGAAGGUUUUCCCGUUUCUUAAUGCAAAAUGCUAGUCGGCAUUCCUUUCCAAGAGGAAUCCUGGGCAGAUAAACUGGACUGUCCUCUACGGAAGAAAGCACAAAAACGGACAGUCGGAAGAAAUUCAAAAGAAAAGACCCGCCGUGCAGUCAGAUUCCAGAGGGCCGUCACUGGUGCAUCUCUUGCUGAUAUAAUGGCCAAGAGGAACCAGAAACCUGAAGUUAGGAAAGCUCAACGGGAACAAACUAUCAGGGCUGCCAAGGAAGCAAAAAAGGCUAAGCAAGCGCCUAAAAAGACAGCACUGGCUGCUGCUAGGGCUCCCACAAAGGCUGUGCCUGAGCAAAGGGUUGAAGCCUGUGAAGGUUUCUGCUCCCCAUGUUGGUGGGAAGUGCUCAGUUGGCAGAUGAGAUUCUUAAAUAAAGACCUGACUAUAACUAA